AUUCGGCAUUCUAAAUUAAGUGUGUAUGGCGAAAUAAGGUGCAACAAGCUUGAAUUUUAAGGAUUUUUUGACGAAUAAUAAUACUAUGGACCGGCAAGAUCCCAAGUACAUUUAAUUAUUCGAUCUAUCAUUUCGCUGAUAUCUCACCACCAUAAAAUACAUAAAUUGAGAAAUGCUGGCAUCAAAAUUUUAGCAUGCGUAAUGCGUACAACAUUGACGAGUGCGGCCAAAUCGCCAUGGACACCAUUGUAUACAAACAAAUUGAAUAGAAGGUAGACAACCAUACAGCAAACGCUACCAAGGGGCUGCGCAAGGCAUGGCAUAGGAACGUGAACAGAAGGGGCCAUGAAGUAAAUCUAUAAUACCGACUGAAAAGUAACCGAACGAGUUCGUAUCGUCAAAUGGCGAAAGGAAAUUAUCGAACUAGAGGAAAUUGCAUCACUACAGGAAACUCGUUCAGUUUGCGGACUGUCGAAAUAAAUUGAACGGAUCGUGCAAAUUUCCCAUUGUCGGAAGGAAAUUAAAUAUAGAAAGGAAUAAUGACGAAAUCAACGGAUGAGGAAAAAACCAACGACAACUGCAAAGAACGAAAAUAAUGCGGUCAAAGAGGUGUUUUUGAAUUAAUUCAUCUCGUAUUCUGGUCCGAGUCACUGCCAACAUCCUCGUGAAUUUUGGGAAACGGGAAAAAGGAAACGAACAAGUUGCAAAUUGAAAAACAUCUACAUUUUUGUUCGCCGUUCUUUUGCUGGACGCAAUUCUCGACACAAAAAGUGGUUGGACCAGACCUUGGAAAUUUCCACUAAAUAAUAAAAGAUUGCGCGAAAGAUUGCCGUGUAGAUAUAUCGGAACAAGCGAGGAAGGAACACUGCUGGUGCUCUGGAAACGUGAAGAAUUUGCCCAAGCGAAAUUACGGGAACGGCUCGACAGGCAAACGCUUAUGAUACAGACGACCGAGAAUCUUGCCGUUCGAAGACGGGAACGAUAACCGGAGAAGACGUGUUUUCUUUUUUUUCUCUUGGAACGCCCAAAAAUGGCCAACAAAUGACCGAAAAGCGGCGACCGCCACAACAACUGCGAGGAAGAAAAUUAUAUAAUGGACAAAUUUUUUGCAGCUGUAUCAUUAUUCCGUCGUCGGAAAUAUGAUGAGUGCAUUGAGGUGUGCAACGAGCUGCUGCAGAAUAAUGCCCUUCAUCAAGGACCUUGGGAGCUGAAGAUGCGAUCUAUGACCCAGCGCGUUUACAUCGACGAUAUCGAAGCGGACGACGAUGUGGCGGAGGAUAUCUUGGACACGCAGACCAUCGCAACGGCCCCCAGACCGGGCACUUCGAUCCGGACGGCAAUGGCUUCGUCGACCGCCGCCGCCGCCGCAGGAAAAGGAACGGCAGCUGGUGCUCGGCCCCGAACUGGAACCGGGAGACCAAUUACAGGCAUUUCCCGUCCGGGUACGCUUUCCCUGCAACGGCCGGGAUCCACCUUGGGCAAUAAAACUGCACUGAAAACCGCAAGAACGGCCGGAUCUGCGCGCAACAUACGGCUCGGGUCGGCGUCGAUGUUUGCCGUUGGCGAUCCAACUGGGCCACUGUUUCACAUUUCACGGCUCCACCCGGACAAGUACGCCGACAAGGACUCACUUUCGAAACCACUGUUCCAGUACCUUUACUACCACGAGGGGGAAGUCCGGAAGGCGAUGGCACUUUGCGAUGCGGUGCUAAAUUUGAAACGAGCGGCUGCCGGCUGGUGGUGGAAUACGCAGAAGGCACGCUGUCUCAUUGCUACUGGAAGUCCACGCGAGGCGGAAAAAUAUCUGAGGACGGCUCUUACGGAGCUGUUUCACCCGGAUACGGUGCUUCUGCUGGCAAGGAUCUACAUCAAAAUCGAUCAGCCAUCAGCAGCGCUGGAGGUUUGCAAAAGUGGGCUGGAGAAGUUGCCAAAUGAUAUUACUCUACUUACCCAACAAGCGAGAAUCCUAGAGUUAGUAGGAAACCUCAGUGCAUCCGUGAGACGAUACCGUCAGAUAUCUCAGCUGGAUUCCAUGAAUACGGAGGCCUUGGCUUGUAUUGCGGUGAGCUACUUCUAUGGCAAUCAACCGGAAACGGCUCUGCUCUACUACAGACGAAUUUUAUCGAUGGGGGCACAUAGUGCAGAGCUAUAUUGCAAUAUAGGGCUAUGCUGCUUGUACGGCGGGCAGUUGGAUUUGGUGUUUCCGUGUUUUCAACGAGCUAUUCGAAUGGCAACCAGUUCAGAGCUCAAAGCAGAUGUUUGGUACAAUUUGAGUUUUGUUGCUCUGACCACUGGUGAUGUUCAUCUGGCCCGACGUUGCCUGCGGCUUUGUAUUGCCAUAAAUGGAUCGCAUGGAGCUGCCUUGAACAACAUGGCCGUCAUGGUUGCCCGUCAAAAACAGUAUACCAAAGCGAGGUCCUAUCUAAUGGCUGCCAAAGCUGCGUUGCCGGCUUGUGACGAAAUCAAAAGUAAUUUGGAGUUUAUAGAAAACUUUGAAUAAAUGUGGUUCCCAUUAAGUUAUCGAAUGAAUACAUGGAAUGAAAUGUAAGCAGCUUUUCGUAGUUUUAUGUCUAAUAUAAAUUUCGUAAAACAUGAUUUUGUUAA